AACAUAUAAUUGCCGAGGGACCCCCAAAAAAAAAAAAAAUUUAGUGCUCAAUGGCGGGAAAAUAUCCGCUCUAUUAGCUUUCUGCGCAAUGUUUAGGGUUUGUGAAUAACUGACCACAUUUUGAAUCUCUCUCGAAUGAUUUUUUUUUUUCCCCCCUCAUUUUCUAUCGAGCCAAACAGCCGACGGAAUAGAUGCCGACGUACACGAUCAGAGGCAUCGGUGUGGAUUUUCCAUUCGAGGCCUACGAUUGCCAACUCGUUUACAUGGACAAAGUCAUUCAGUCUCUCCAAAAUAAAUGUAAUGCGCUGUUGGAAAGUCCUACCGGAACUGGGAAAACCCUUUGUCUUCUAUGUGCCACGUUGGCCUGGAGGAAGAGUUUGGGCCCUUUUUCAACUGGCAUGAGUGUGAACAGCAGUCAGGACGCAGGAGGCAAAGGUGAUACUGGUUCACAGUCUUCGACUACAAGACCUCCCACCAUAGUAUAUGCUUCACGCACUCACAGCCAAAUCCGGCAAGUAAUUCAAGAGUUGAAAAGAACCUCUUACAGGCCCAAAACUGUUGUAUUAGGGUCUAGAGAGCAGAUGUGCAUUCAUGAUGAAGUAAGUUUACUUAGUGGAAGAGCACAGACAAAUGCCUGCCGUUUUAUCUGCAGAAAGCGUGAAAAAACUAAAAAAGAUGAAAACAAUGAAAAUCAUCGUUGCCGUCAUUUUUCUCGUGUUUCUGGCUACUUGAUGAAUAAUCCUAAUCUUGGAGAUGAACCUAUUGAUAUUGAGGAUUUGGUCAAUAUUGGGAAAAGACAUGGACCGUGCCCAUAUUAUGUAUCACGAGAGAUCCAUAAGGUUGCUGAUAUAUUAUUUGCACCUUAUAACUAUCUUAUAGAUCGUGGGAAUCGUAAAUCUCUAAGCAUUAAUUGGAAGAACUGUAUACUCAUAUUUGAUGAAGCUCACAACCUGGAAAGCCUUUGUGCUGAUGCAGCUUCUUUUGACUUGACUUCUGGGCUUCUUACUGCUUGCAUUUCUGAAGCAAAAAGUUGUACUGACCUUUGUAUUAAAAGAAGGGAACAAUCAAAUGACAAAUCACGUAACCCUGAAAAUUUUGCAAUUCUUAGAGCACUUCUAUUGAAGCUUGAGAAGCGAAUUGCUGAAGUGACAAUCCAAUCCAAGGAACUGGGAUUCUCUAAGCCUGGGCCUUACAUCUAUGAACUACUUGCUGAUUUAAAUAUCACUCAUGAAACUGCUUCAAAGCUCAUUGACAUAAUUAAGGAUGCAGUUGAACUCCUGGAAGAAGAUAACCAGCGCAAGGUUAAGGGCACCAUCUGCCGGCUGGAAAGCAUUAGCGACAUUCUAAAUCUAAUUUUUAGAGAUAAGGAGAAUGCUCAUGCAAAUUUCUAUCGUGUUCAUGUGCAGGAAGUAGAUGCUAGUGCAACAGAUGGCUUGAAAGGUAGGGUUUCAAGGAAAUUCAGCUGGUGGUGUUUUAAUCCUGGAAUUGCAAUGGAAGAAUUCCGCAAGUUGGAUGUAGGCUCUAUUAUAUUGACGUCUGGGACAUUGUCUCCCAUGGAUUCAUUUGCUCAAGAAUUGAAAUUAGAAUUUCCUGUCCGUUUGGAAAAUCCUCAUGUUAUAAGUGCAAAUCAGAUAUGGGCUGGAGUUUUACCAACUGGUCCCUCUGGUGGCAGUUUCAAUUCCUCUUAUCGUAGUCGUGACUCUCUUGAAUAUAAACAAGAGCUUGGAAAUGCUAUUGUCAACUUUGCUCGAAUUGUACCUGAUGGACUGCUUGUCUUCUUUCCGUCUUACUACCUUCUGGAUCAAUGUAUGGGAUGCUGGAAGAAUGUGAGUGCUGGCAAUUCGACAACGAUAUGGGAAAGAAUCUGUAAACAUAAGAAACCUGUUGUAGAACCUAGACAAUCUUCACUGUUUCCUUUGUCAAUCGAGGAUUACAUGACCAAACUGAAGGACACCUCGACUUCGGGUGCAGUUUUUUUUGCAGUUUGCCGUGGUAAAGUAAGUGAAGGAUUAGAUUUUGCUGAUCAUGCUGGAAGAGCUGUAGUCAUCACUGGUUUGCCAUAUGCCACAAUGACUGAUCCAAAGGUUCGUCUGAAACGUGAAUAUUUGGAUCAACAAGCCAUAUCCCAAAGGGAAUUAUGCAAGUCAGAGGUUCUUACUGGAGAAGACUGGUACAGUCAACAAGCAUCACGAGCUGUGAAUCAAGCCAUUGGGCGUGUAAUCCGUCAUCGUCAUGAUUAUGGAGCAAUUAUCUUUUGUGAUGAAAGGUUUACGCAUUCAAAUCGUCAAUCUCAAAUUUCACGCUGGAUACAGCCUCAUAUUCAGUGUUACUCCAAAUUUGGGGAUGUAGUUUAUACAUUGACGCGUUUUUUCCGCGAUGGAGAAACCCGGGGUCCUACAAAGCUAAAGUUAUUGGAAAGUGAAAAAUUGGGAAAAUCAGUUGUUAAUGAGCAGAUUGAGGAAGCCCCACUGGAUGAUAUGCCAUCUUUUUUAGGUUCAUCAGCUUCAGCCCAGAGAAGCACAAGUGAGUUGAAAACUGAACAGCCUCUGGACAAAUUUUAUUUAGAGAAGUUUCUCCCUCUGACAAGAAGAAUGGGUCAAGAUUGCACCGUAAAGCCACCAUCUUCCCAACAUGAAGUUAGUAGGGGUGAUAUAUUUAACCAGUUUGGGGAAGUUCUUCCUGCUAAUCGCUCAUCUUUUACAUCUUACAAGGAUCAGUCUACAAAAUUAAAUUAUUCAAAUGAACUUCUCUUCAAUGAGAAAAAGUCCCUUGUUUCAGAGAGGAAAGCUAUGCAGUUUCAAAACUGUAGAAUAACUGAUUUGUCUUGUAAUUCUAUGAUGGAUGUAAAACCAAGUAAUCAACUCAUGGCACCUUGUUCUGUCAAGAAGCGUAGAUUGAACACGGAGCAUGAGAAACAUACUAAAAAUGAGCAUUUAUCUCAUGCAAAAAAUUUUGGAUUGAAUGGUCUCACUAACAUUAGCAAUUCUAUGGUGUGUGAGAAUCCACAUGAGUCUAACAGUGGAAGUUCACAAAGUGGUGAAGACAUGGCACUGAUGAAUAAAGACAGUAGGACAUUAACAAAGAGGGAAACUGAGAUACUUGAUCAGAAAAACAAGGUUGUUCAGUCCAGUUCUGCUGAUGAAGAAACCAAAGGAUCUGAAUUCUUGGUUCAGGUUGAAGGGAAACUUAGCGCAUCUGAAUAUAAGGAAUUUGUGAAUUCCAUGAAAGCACUUAAAUCUAAAGCGAUGAAGAUAAGUGAAGUUUUGCAAACAAUUGCAAGAUUGUUUUCUAGUCCUGAGAGGCUUUCUCUAUUUAAAAGAUUCAAGGAUUUUAUCCCAGCUAAGUACCAUGCUAUGUAUGAGCAAUAUUUUGGAAACUAAAGACAGAACAUAUGACAUUCACGCUUAAAUAUCUCCUUCGUAAAUUGGCUAGCGAGGCCAAGAAACCUGAUUAGCAUACAAAUGAAUUUUGUAAGUACUUGGACACUUUGGAAAUUCACUAUUCACCAUCAUAUGUGAGAUGUAUAGUUGGUACUUACAUUCUACUUUCUUACUCAUAGAGCUUCUUUUGAUCUUACCUGGAUAUUUAAGAAGAUUGCUCUCGUCUCGUGUGCAUGAGAGGGGUGAAAAGAAACCACAUGUCUGAGAGGAAGAUACUUGUCAACUUUACUUAUAAGCCACCAGGGUAAAGAAAAUAUGCUAUAUCUUUUUUGUGAAGUCUCUUAAGCUUUGGGGAUUUGAAAUGAUUUUUGCUUCAAUAGAUUUCAAGGUAAAAACUAAAGCUGUAAAUGGUCAGAGUUAAAAGUUCAUAUAGAACCCCAAUUGUAAUGGUAAUUUGACGAAAAGAUACAAAGGCGUUCGUAGCUUUACUUU